GGCCCGCCUCAUUAUUGUCGCCAUUACAGCGCGAGUCGCGGGCGCUGUGGCAGGGACGGCCGCGCCAGGCGCUUCCACCAUCCCCCCCCCGCGUCUCUCUCGCUCGCUCGCUCGUUCGCUCUCACGCGAAUAGCGACAGCGACUCGCGAGGGUGAUCACAGCGAGUCGCCAUCAAAACGUCGGCGGCGGCGGCGGCGUCGGAGUUGAGAGGAAAUUGAUCUCGCUUCUCUCUCUCUUUUUUUAUUACCCGUCCGUGCUAAACCUUUUCGCUUGUCGAAUAAACACGCAGCCGUAGUAGUGGUGGUGGUGGUAGUAGUAGUAAACCAGUAAGUACUAACUAGUAGCAGCGGUGGUAGCCGUAGCGGGUGGUUGGUGGCGGUAAAGACUGGUGGACUGGUAAAAAGCGAGGAGAAACAAGAAUUCCUGCCGCGGGGCCCAGAGCCAUGCACGGAGCAUGACCGCCGCAAGCUGGGUGGCAAACGGCGCCAGUUUGGAAGACUGCCACUCCAAUCUCUUCUCCCUGGCUGACCUGACCGGCAUCAAAUGGCGUAGGUACACCUGUGGCCUUGGGGCCUCGGGGCCUGUGAUUGCUGCGCCCGCGCAGGAAGACCCCAUCCUGCACAGCUUCGUGCGCUCGCUGCAGACCAACCUCCUGGCCGUGUGGCGCCGCAAUGGCAGUCCGGGCCUCAAGGAGCUGUGGGUUUACUGGUGGGGUGAUCAGCCCAACCUCGGGGACGUCAUUCAUCCUGAACUUAGAGGUGAAGAAGAAGGCUCCUGGGAUAAUGGACUCACGUACGAAUGUCGCACGCUGCUCUUCAAAGCCAUCCACAACCUGCUUGAGAGGUGUUUAUUCAACAAGAGCUUCGUCCGCAUUGGCAAGUGGUUCGUGAAGCCGUACGAGAGGGAUGAGAAGCCAGUGCAGAAGAGCGAGCACCUGUCCUGCUCGUUCUCCUUCUUCCUGCACGGGGACAGCAACGUGUGCACGAGCGUGGAGAUCUGCCAGCAUGCGCCGCUCUACCGCCUGGACGUGGACCUGCUGGACCUGGCCAGUGCUUCAAGCUCUCCCCUCAACGUGAUCCUGAGCCCGUAUGGCCUGAGCGCCGUGCUCACGGGCCAGGCGUACAAGCGCAGCGACGCCAGCACGCGCAAGCUCAUCGAGGAGUGGCAGCAGUUCUACCCCGUGGUGGCCACCGGCACCGUGGGGCCCGGCAGCAGCUCCGGCUGGGACGGCAUGAUGGGCGCCGGCGCGGCGUCGGCGGCGCCAGGGGGCGGAGAGGACGGAGCCUCGGAGCCCAUGCAGGAUGAGGACGCGCCCGUCGCGGUGGAAGUCCUCGUCGGCGGCGUGCGCAUGGUGUUCCCGGCGGCGCUGGUUCUCGUGCCGCAGAGCGAGGCGCUGCUGCUCGCCCCGCUCUACCCACCCGGGGGCGCACGGGACCCCACGUCGUGCGGCACGCUCACACCGCCCACGUCGCCCCCGCACGCCCUGCUGGCCGACUACCUGCGUGACCAUGCCGAUGUCGCGGUCGGGAGGGCCGGGCGGCGCGGCGCCACCGGACGUGCCAGGUGGUAUCCCGUCGGCCGCGGCCAUCGCCGCGGCCGCGGCGGCGGCAUUGGCCGCCGGAGGCAGCAGCCCGGGCCACGCUGGCGGAGAGCGCGCACAAGUGGGCCAACUGGAUGGUGGAGCACUCGUGGGAAGAGUACAACCAGGACAGGACGCCUCUCAAGCGUACGCGCGCGAUGGCGGGGUCGGACGACGAGGCGGCGUCGAGCAAACUCACAUCCUGGGACUUCCUGGAGCCGUCGAACCGUACGCCAUGCUGCUGUUCAAGGUGCUGCACAAGGUGCAGAGGCAGCGAAGCGGCGGUGGGCAGCUGAGCGCACGUCCCGCUCCCCUCUCGGGACCCUCCGGACUCGGCGGCGGAGGCGGGAGCUCGGGGCCGUUUGGCUCGCUGUCGCAAGGCCCUGGCGGUGGCUCCUCUUCCCUCCCCACCUCCUCGAGCUCCACCUCUUCGUCGUCCGGCUCCGCCCUCCCCUCGUCCAAGCACAAGCCCUGCAUGGAGAAGGGCGACAAGGGGGCGGGGGCGGGGGCCGAGCGAGGGACCCCCAAGGCGGCGCGUCCCUUCACGCCGUUCCACCACCGGGCCGAGGAGAACGCCGCGGUCGGCGGCGCCGCGGUGCCGGCGGCGCCGCGGGCGCCGGCGGCGGUCCCGGUGCCGGCUCGGCGGGUCUCCUGCUGCCCGAGCUCGAGGCCAUCGGGGGUGGCACCCCGAGGACCGCACACCAUCACCACCACCACGCCGGCAAGGCCGACAAGCUGUGGUCAGCCGGGCAGGCGGGUGGCAAGGCUGCCGACGGCGGCGCCGGAGGCUCCGGCGGCGGGCCUCCGUCGGCCGCCGAGGUGGUUCAGUCGCCGUCCCCCCUGCCCCCCACGCUGAGCCCGCAUCCCAGGUUAGGCCGAGACCUCGACGGCGUCGACGGUGUCGACGGCGUCAUGCAGGGUGGCGGCGGUGGCGCCGCCUGCUCCGGUGUGGGAAACGCCGGUUGCGUGCCCGCCGCGGUGUUCUACCCGCCCGGCGGUCCUGCGCACGUGACCCCCGUUUUCCACGGCGGCGAAGACUCCUCCUCCCUCAAGGCCGGCCUGGCGGCGACGGCGGCGUCAGGGCAGCAGCCGUCGCAGCCGCCGCUGCACCACCCUCACCACCACCACCAUCACCACCACCACCAGCAGCAGCAGCAGCAGCACGGCGGGUGCCACCUGGCGCUGCCGCCGGGCCAGGAGCUCGGAGACACGGCGCUCUACGCGGGGCUGUGCGCUCCGCAGUCGCCCACGUCCACCGACACUCGGUCGAUGGCGGCAGGGGCGACGGUGCCGGCGUGGUCCGUGUACCAGCUGCCCUACGACUGCGGGCCGGGCUUUGGGCCGCCGGCUUGCCCAGCAGCAGGAGCAGGGAGCGGUGUGACGGUGGCGCCGGCGAGGGAGGGGGGGGCGACUGCCUCCUCCUCCUCGGAGGGGCGACGACGGCUGCUCUUGCAGCCAAGCAAGCGGCUGAAGGUGUGCGAGGAGCGGCUGCAGAUGCACCGGCAGAUGCACUCGCGCGGCGCCCACCCGCGGCACGGCGGCGCCGCCGACGCCACCGCCGACCCGUACGCCUUCAACGACGUCGACGACCAGGUCAGCAUCGGGCCCGGCAAGAAGGAGCGGCCGGGAGGCGAGCGCUCGGCCAGCAAGAGGGCGCACCCCGACCACCGGGUGUCCCACGUCGGACACGAGGCCCGCAGCAGCUCGACGAGCCUCAUGAGAGAAGUGGACCUGGGAGUGUCCUUUGAGGACCUUGAAAAUCUCUUUGACAACUCCUCGGAUGACGACAUGGGGGGUCCAUUGCCAGCAAAGCCGGCGCCCCCUGGUGGUGGAGGAGAGGAGAGGCAUGCGUCGCGAGAGGGUAGACUGCCUCCAGCACCUGCCCCUGCCAUGCCUCCCUGUACACUGAGCUCGGCCGACCUGCAGCGAAUGUUCCCCACGCCGCCGUCCCUGGAGCAGCACCCGGCCUUUCUCGCCCGUCAAACCCGAGCUGGCAAGGACUACCUGAACCCGGACUCGGCGCCCGGCCAGACGCUGCUCGAUCCUCACGGGUCCUCCCGUGGCUGCUCAGCCGGCGCCCUUCGGCCGGAGAUCGAGGAUGACAUGGGCAGCCCCAAACCUGAGGAGCUGAAGGUAAACUUCCCCCCACCCACCACCCCUCCUCAGCUGCAGCCCUUCGUGGGCUCUCCCAUGUUCGCGCCGCUCAAGGCCCUGCCCAGCGGGUGCUGCCUCCCCGUGCGCGUGCCCGACAGCGCCAUCUACCGGCCCAUGACGCUCGGCAAACUCGACCCGGCCAUAAACCUUCCGAGCGUGGGCAGCCUGGGCGACCAGGACUACCUGCAGAUGAGCACGCCGCAGACCGGCACCCCGCUGGGCGGGGCAGGCGGCGGCGGCGGCGGCAGCAACGGCGGCGGUGGCGUGCUGCCCUCCCCGGCGACGCCACGCUUCUCGACGCCGAACCCGCGCACACGUCCUGACGCACGAACGCCGCGCACCCCCCGCGGCCCCGGCGGCCUCGCCAGCAUCCCCAGCUCCACCAACUACAACUCGGCGGGCGACCUCUACUCGCCGGCCGCGUCCACGCCCUCCACCUUCCGGCCCGUCAACUCGGUGGAGCCGCCCGCCACGGCGGGGCAGGCGUUGCCGGAGGCGCACAGCCUCUACGUGACGCUCAUCCUCUCCGACACGGUGCUCAACCUCUUCCGCGACCGCAACUUCGACUCGUGCUGCCUGUGCGCGUGCAACAUGAACAUCAAGGGAGCGGACGUUGGCCUCUACCUUCCGGACCCCGGCCUGGAGAUCCAGCGCCGCUGCUCCUGCGGCUUCAGCGCCGUGGUGAACCGCCGGCUGGGCCCCAACGCGGGCCUCUUCCUGGAGGACGAGCUCGACAUCGUGGGCGGCCCCCUCACCGAGUUCGGCCGCGCCGCCCAGCGGCGCCUCGAGUGCUGCGGCCAGACGGACGCCGACGGCGGCCUGCGCCUGGGGGCGGCCCGACAUCCUGGAUUCCGCCUCGCAGGACACGGCCACCCUCGUGUCGCUGCUCGAGGACAGCUGCAACAACCCCUUCCCGCCGCUCGGUCCUGGUCGCGUCGCCCUCGCCGCCGCCUCUCCCUCCGCCGCCGCUGCCGGGAUUGUCGGCCCUGCCGGGCCUGCCGGGCCUGUCGGCGUUGCCCCGGCCCCGCGGCGGGGCCGAUCGGCGAUGCCCUGCGGCUGGACCUGAGCGACGGCAGCAGCGAGUGCGUGAUGGCGUUGGAGGCCGGGCGGCAGUACGUGGACAAACCCGUCGGGGGCGCCAUGGAGGAGACGGCCGUCAAGGGCACGCUGCUGCACCACUGGCCCGAGCGGCCCGCGGUGGAGGUGUCGUCGCUGUCGAGCCAGGAUGUGGUGCGGCUGCUGGGCUCCCUGCAGCCCGUGCUGCAGGACGCCAUCCAGAAGAAGCGCACGGGCCGGUCCUGGGAGAAUGUGCAGCACGUGCAGGGCCCGCUCACCUGGCAGCAGUUCCACAAGAUGGCUGGCCGGGGCUCUUAUGGAACAGAGGAGUCUCCGGAGCCGCUGCCCAUUCCCUCACUGCUCGUGGGCUACGACCGCGACUGCCUCAUGGUGUCGCCGUUCUCGCUGCCGUUCUGGGACAAGCUCCUGCUGGAGCCGUUUGGGUCCCCGCGCGACAUCGCCUACGUCGUGGUGUGCCCCGAGAACGACGCUCUGCUGCACGGAGCCCGCAACUUCUUCCGCGACCUCAGCACCGUGUACGAGAACUGUCGCCUGGGCCUCCACCGGCCCAUCACCAAGGUGCUGCGUGAUGGCAUCAUGCGCGUGGGUCGCUCGGCCGCCCAGAAGGUGUCGGAGCAGCCGGUGGACGAGUGGUUCUCGCAGAACGUGGGCCCGCCCGGCAGCGCCGCUCACGAGGCCUUCUGCAAGCUGCGGCUGUUUGCGCAAGUGUGCAGGCAUCGCCUGGGCCCUCACCUUGCGACACAACAGCUCGACCAGCUCCCUGCUGGCGCAGUCGUCGAGCCAGCGUGCCCCUCCGCAGCAGCAGCAGCAGCAGCAGCCUGGCGCUUCGGCGGGAGCUGCCGCUGCCCCCGCCUCCGCAGCCACGGGCCCGAGCGGCGCCCAGGGCCCCGCGCAGGCCGACGCGAGCGGCGGCGGCGGCGCCGGGACCGCGGGUGGUGCUGGCGGUUGUGGAGCCGGUGCCCGGCCGGCGGCGGCGGUGCUGCUGGCGGUGGUGGUGGCGGGCCCAACGGCGGCGGCGGCGGUGGUGCGGCUCGGCGGUGUUCCCCGGGUCGUCGGCCAUGCCCGGCGGGCAGCAGCAGCAGCAGCAGCAGGCUUCGACACAAGCGUCCGGAGCAGCGCCUGCACGCAGCCAGCGCCCGGGCAGCCAACCGGCAUGCCGUCGCUGUCGCAAGGCAUGAUGGGAAGCCAGUCUUCCCUGCAGCCUCCCCAAAACUUCCUUGGUCAGGGGUCGACUGGAGCAACGCAAGGCAUGAUGGGAGCCGCGUCAAGCCACCACCAGGGCAUGAUGGGAAGUCAUCAAGGUCAGAACCAGUCCGGAGGUGGCGUGGAGGUGGACGGAAGCUCGGCCACAUCACAACCGAUGGACGUCCCCGACAGGUCAAUCACUGCCCCAUGGAGCUGCUCACCGGCACGGAACGCGAGCGCGAGCGGAUCGGCGUGCCCACGGAGGGCGGCUCCCUGGAGGUGCCGGUGCCGCCGGCCGUCGUGGUCUACAUCGUUGACCCGUUCACCAGCGACGAGGGGCGACGACGCGGGGCGGGCGGCGGGGGGCCGGACGACCCCGCGCUCGGCGCGUCCGUGUGGACGCUCGGCCUGCUGCGCUGCUACCUGGGCAUGGUGAAGCACCUGCCCAAGCACAUGCGCGAUGCCAUGUGUGUGCAGGUGGUGCCCAGCCGCUACCUGCUGCAGCCGGUGCGCCUGGAGGAGCACCCGCUGCACGUGCAGCACCUCAAGUCGCUGGCGUUCAGCGUGUACGCGCAAUGCCGCCGCCCGCUGCCGCACCCCGUCAGCAUCCGCACCCUCACGGGGUUUGGGCCCGCGGCCGCCAUGGUGUCCACGUUACGUGAGCUCGAGCGUCCGGAGCGCCUCCAGAUCUACUCGCCGCCGUUCAUCCUCGCGCCCGUCAAGGACAAGCAGACGGAGCUGGGCGAGACGUUCGGCGAGGCCGGCCAGAAGCACAACGUGCUCUUCGUGGGCUACUGUCUGUCCCACGACCAGCGCUGGCUGCUGGCGGCCUGCACCGACCUGCACGGGGAGCUGCUCGAGACCGCCAUCAUCAACAUCCACGUGCCCAACCGCUCGCGGAGAGGCAAGGUCGCGUGCCGUCGCUUCGGCCUCAACAAGCUGUGGGAGUGGUGCCUGGGCGUGAUGCAGCUCACCUCCAUCCCCUGGCGGGUGGUCAUCGGGCGGCUGGGCCGCGUGGGGCACGGCGAGCUCAAGGACUGGCACAUCCUGCUGGGACGGCGCGCGCUGCAGUCGAGCUCGCGCAAGCUGAAGGAGACGUGCCGCAUGUGCGGCAUCUCCGCGGCCGACUCGCCCUCCAUCCUCUCCGCCUGCCUCGUGGCCAUCGAGCCGCAGGGAUCCUUCUUCAUCAUGCCCGACUCUGUGUCGACGGGCUCGGUGUUCGGCCGCAGCACGACGCUCAACCUGCAGACGUCGCAGCUGAGCACCCCGCAGGACGCGUCGUGCACUCACAUCCUCGUCUUCCCCACCUCGGCCGCCAUGGUGCCCACGCCCAACUUCAACCCCGAGCACCUCGACUUCAACUCCAACAAUGAAGUCAUGGACAUCUUGGAGGAAGAUAUCUUCGACCUGAGCAGCGUGGACCCCGAGCUGUCGCAGCUCAUCAACCUGCACCCUUCUCCGACCGCCUCGCCUGGCUCCCCAUCGGGGUCGCCCUCCGGCCCCCACGGGGACGCCCCCUACCAGCAUGGCCAAGGAGCCGGCAAGCACCAGGGCGGCGAGCGGCUGCUGUCGGCCGAGUCCCACGAGGAGGUGACCAACCUCCUGCAGCAGCCGCUGGCGCUGGGAUACUACGUGUCGACGGCGCCCGCCGCUCCGCUGCCCCAGUCCUUCUGGGCCUCGUGUCCCCAGGCCCAGCAGCACUGCCCUCUCUUCCUCAAGGCAUCGCUGCAUCUGCACGUGACCUCCGUGCAGUCGGACGAGCUCCUGCUGUCGAAGCUGUCGCACCCCCUGGACUCGAGCCGCACCUCCGACGUGCUGAGGUUUGUGCUGGAGCACUACAACGCACUGUCGUGGCUGUCGUGCGAUCCGGCCACCCAGGACCGCCGCUCCUGCCUGCCCGUGCACCUCGUGGUGCUCACCCAGCUCUACAACACCUUCCGCACGCUGCUGUAGCAGCACUCCGCCCGCCCGCCCGCCCGCCCUGCCUGCCGCCCGGAACUCCACGAGACCCCCGGGAGGAGUGGGUGUGGGGUGGGAGUGGGGUGGGAGUGGGUGACGGGCGCUCGCGUCGGUCCGCCCACCGCUGCUCCUCCGCUUGGCGCCCGCCCGACACCGGAAGUGAGCCGGACGGCCGGCCGGCGACGAGAGGAGGAGAGGGGACACAAAAGAAACAAACGGGGACCUCUGCCGACAGAAUUUGUGCGCGCGUUGAUGAUGUCGGGUGAAGAUGAAGAAAGAUGGGUGAUGAUGAUGAGGACCGCGAUGACGAUGAUGACCGCGAUGACGAGAAAAAUCGGUGGAAGUGGGGGGCGUUGAUGAAGUGCGAUGUGUCGUCGUCCCCCCCCCCCCCCCCGAUUUCCGAUCGGACAUGAUGGCGGGAGUGGGGGUGUGGGCGGGGGGGGUGGUGGUGGUGUUGGUAUCUGAGCAUCAGUGCAACGGGGAAGAAGGAGAAUCUGGAUUUUGUUUGCGUCCGUAUCCUCGCUCCGACCGCCCGCCCGCCCGCAAGAUCUUUGUCCCCUCGCAAGCCAAUCAAAACAGCCAGCCGUUGAGGACCCCAGCGAUGUGCCAAGACUGCUUUACCUACACAAGUGUUAAACAAACAAACAAAAACCGUCUGUUGUUCCCUUGGCCGUUCACUCCCUCGCCCAGUCGCCCUCGUGGGGUGGAAAACAAAAACUUAAAAUGAUGACAAACGAGAAUACAAAAAUCUUUAGCCCGUCUCCUCCCUCUUUUAAACUCUUCACUUAGCUCCCCCUUGUCCUUUUGCGUGACGCUAAAGCUAAAAAAAAAAUAAUGACGAGCCUGCCGUCGUUUUAGCGAUUCUCCGGUCGUUGGGUGUCCACGAUGAAGUUCCGGUGGGAAAAAUUGGCCAAAACCGUGAUUGCGAUUUUGUCCGAUUCCACAGCACUCCCCCUCCUCGCUUAAGUUUUGUACAAAGCGCUGUUCAAUGGCUCUCUACUACGCGACGCUAACAAACAAAACUGCCUUUUGGGUUUCUAGGUCCGCUUCUUAAGUGGACCUAUGUUUCAUGGUCUGUUUCGUUGGCAUUAAAAUAAAUAAAUUCCUUUAAGGGUUACUUUUAAAUCGUCUAUUGAGUGGAGUUUCUCCCGAUGAGAGGAGUAUAUUGGAACCGUCUCUCCUGCAGGUCUGCACAAAAGCGACGGCAUGUUAUAGGCCUCUUUUUUUUUAAAGACUUCAAACUUAAAAGAAGAUUUGGCCGCUUUUCAUAAAAAAUAAUAAUGAUUUAUUAUUGAUUUCUUUGCCCCUAAAGUUUUUGAUUGCUGUGCGAGCUGAGCUUUUAAGUGGAGGGGGUGGGGGGGGGGGGCGAGAGUGAAGCAAAAUGACAAGGAGAGAGAGAAAGAGGAGUCGGAGGGGGAAGAGGAUGGGGUUGGGGUCACGAGGGAGUGAUGGCGAUGGGGACCCACCCCCCCAAUCUUUUACCCUACGGUCCUCUCUCGGAAGACGGAAGUGGCAGCGGUCCCUGCCAUGAGCACUCGCACACCCCCACA